CUCUACAAGAUACCUGCCGCUCUAUAUAACACGGAGAGGAGCUGUGCGCACAUGUACGGAGGAGAGCCGAGCUGUCAUCAUCUCCGAUCAUCUAUCAUUCCCGAUCAUCUCCGCUCAUUCCCAUCAUUCCCGAUCAUCCCAUAGACUGGUACUGUGCUCGGUGUCACUCAAUAGAACAAAAUGUCUAUGGAAUUAGCAGACUAUCAGACAAGUGAACGGUCGCCCCUUCCCGUGGUUAUUAUCGGUAAUGGCCCAUCAGGGAUUUGUCUGUCCUACUUAUUGUCUGGAUAUACUCCAUAUGUGAAAGAAGGAUCUGUACAUCCCAAUCCAUUGUUACAAAGGAAACUAGAAGAAUUCCCUGGUGUUCCUAUCACAGAACAGGAUCUGGAGUAUUUGUCGGAGGGCUUGGAAGGACGCUCCAACAGCCCAGCUGCUUUGCUGUUUGACACUCUGCUCAGGCCUGACACUGAUUUUCUCGGGGACGUGGAAUCUGUACUGGGCUGGACUCUAGAACCAGAGAGAGCCAUUCCUCACUUGGUGCUGGGGAGAGGACCACCAGGGGGCGCUUGGAAUGCUAUUGAGGGAUCCAUGAUUACUCUUAGUCGUGGGGACUGGAUGGGCCUGCCUGAUUUAUCAUUUAAAGACUGGAUGAGGAUGAAAAGGAGGAACCUCAGAAAUGAUAGGUCCACUGCAGGCGACAUCUUGAAUUAUUACCAAUACUAUGUAAGGAACAAAAGACUUCAGGACAACUUUGUCUCAGGAGCUGUCGUCACCUCGAUUGUAAAACUGAACAGACGUGAGGAAAAUUUACCUGAGAAGGACAACCUCUGGGACAGACCCGAGCUUACCACAGAUAGACCAGAAGACAAGAGCAUCUUCCAAGUGAGCGGCUUCAUCGAAAACAAUUCAGGAAUCAAUCAGAAUUUCUGUGUCUAUGCAAAGAAUGUGGUUCUGGCCACAGGGACAUAUGAUAGCCCUUUGAGAUUGGGUAUCCAAGGAGAAGAUCUUCCAUUUGUGUCCCAUCAGAUCUCUGCUCUUGAAGAGGCUGUGAAGACCAAAAAAGUCCAUCAAGACUCAGACCCAGUCCUGAUCAUAGGUGCGGGUUUGACAGCUGCAGAUGCCAUUCUGUUGGCGCAUCACUACAACAUCCCCGUAAUUCAUGCCUUUAGAAGACGGGUUAAUGACCCAGCACUCAUUUUCAACCAAUUACCACAGGUCAUGUACCCAGAGUACCACAAGGUGCACCAAAUGAUGAAAGAACAAUCUGUCUUUAAAGGUGGACCCUAUGAAGGUUACAUGAGCCUUCCUGAGCACCAUGCAGUUCACUUUAGUGACAAUAAAAAAUGUAUUUUCAGGGAUAAAUAUGGACAGUGCAAGGCAUUCAAUGUCUCCAUGACCCUAAUUCUUAUUGGUUCCAACCCUAACUUGGCUUUCCUUCCACAAAAUGGCAAGCAUCUGGCUCUGGACACAGAGAAGUCAGUCAGCUCCAAAAGGAACCCUCUGGAGAUCGAUCCAUUCACCUAUGAGUGCGCACAGGAGAAAGGCCUGUAUGCAGUUGGACCCCUGGCUGGGGACUAUUUUGUACGCUUUGUUCAAGGAGGAGCUUUAUCUGUUGCCAGCUCAGUACAGAAAUCUCUGAAGAAACCUCCUUAAUAAAAACAUGUUAUUCUGUAAUAAACUGUAUCACAUCUUAGCCAUACCUCUCGCUAAGAAGACAUUUUAGUGUGGUAUAACACACAACCAGAAUGUCUUGGCCAGGACAACAGCCAGACAAAUGCAGAUCAUUCCAUCUUGGAUGAAGACACUAAUGGUGCUGUUUUCCUCUUACUUUGAUUCAGUAAUGCAAUAUAAUGCAUAUUUUAUACAUAUAAAGACAUAAAAGCUAUUAUUUUUAUAUA